CUCGACUUUUCUCCGUGUCCUUUUCGUUUUCUUUCAUUUGUUUAAUUUUUCUCCACUGCUCACAGGCUGGAUGUACACCUCGCAGCCCGAGUCUCUCUCGCGCGGCGGCGGUUCUGCCAUGCACAAAGAACCAUUUUUCUGCUUUCUUCUAGUGUUUUGUCCUUCUCUUCCUUUCCCUCCACUUUUUUCUUUCCUUUCUGCGGUUCGUCUUUCUCUUUUUUCCUCUUUGUCCCUCUUUGCCUUCGCUUCUUUCCCCUCGACCUUCUCUCCGUCUUCUCCUUGUCCUCUCGUUUUCCUGGAGAAUGACCGCGAGAAAAGGCGACUUGGGGGCUCUGUGCGCCUGUGGUCUGUCAGAUCUCGUUCCCCGGCUUUUCUCUUUUCCACAUCUUCAGUUUCUUUUCCUCUCCAGGAUUACAGUCCUCCUCCGCAAUGCCUCCGAUGAUUUCCUCCGAGAAAAAACGGGGGGACUGCUGGCCGACUGAAGACACGCAGUUUCCUCGGCGCCAUGACGCCUCGGACUCCCGCUUCUCUCCUCACUCUCCUCCCUUGACUUCUUGUUCUCUUUCCUCUCCCCGUCGUCCUCCUUCUUCAUCUUCUCACUUACUUUCCUCACCCUCCCCGUCCGGUCUUCCUUCAUCUCCUCGUUAUCUUCUUCCCUCUUCUUCGUCUUCUUUGUCCUCUUCUUCGUCUUCUUUGUCCUCUUCUUCCUCUUCUUCUUCUUUUUCUCCGUCCUCUUCGUCCACUACCUUGUCUGCCGCGCCGUUCGUUCCACCCUCUUUGCCCGAUUCUUUCUGCUUCAGUCCGGUUCCGCUGCCUCUGUCCGACAAGCCUGUACCUGAGCAUCUUUCGGAGGCGAUUCGCCCCUCUGCGUAUAUGACGAACAUCUGGACGUCGACGAGGAUCUCCAGGAGCUUCUCUGCCCAGGACUUCUUCCUCAUCUCGCGCUCGCUGCCGAAUGCGGAGUACUCUGGCGGCGCCUUGCAGCCACUCGUCCUCAGACUGAAAGGUCCUUCCUGCACCGCCGUGCUGGGGGUCAACGGCCGGCUCUCCGUCAUGGGCGGCCUCACCUUCGAACAAGCCAGCUGGCAGGCCUACAGAGUCGCCUAUAAGCUCAGGUUCCGACUGAACUGGAGGUUCAGGGAACGAGGUGGAGACUCGCAGCAUCUGUCACAGCAAGAAGAGAAACGGCGCCUGCUUGUGGGAGACCACCCGUCCGCCGCCAGUCCCUCUUCUUCUCUCUGUUCGCCCUCCGCUGCGCGAGAGGUGGAGUACGUGCACAAUCCCCAGAUUCGCUUCCUUCCAGAGGAGAUGAAGAUUCAGCAGAUGGUAUGUCGCCUGAACAUGGGAGGCGACUUUCGGCCUGAGCUGGAGCAAGUCGAGGCGCACCCUGCGCUUCGAGGAUGCGUCGUCGGAAUCAAAGACUGGCUCACCAUUCGUGUGCCUCUCCCGCCGUCUGUCGCCGAAGGAAGCGAACGGAACGCAGAGACGGAGGCGCCGGCGCCGCGCGUCUCGCGCGAACAUGCGCCGGAAGGAAAAAGAGACAACGCCCAGAGCUCGCGCUUCGUCUGGAGAGACACCUGCGCCUGGUCCCCAGAUGCCAGCGACGCAGAAGCCGACAUCGCUGGUGAGCUUUUUGCAGGGCUCGAGGGUGGGGAAGAUUCUUCUUCUCCCGCUUCCGCGCGGAGAAGAGACGGACUGUCCGGGAAGAGAAGAAAGCGAGAAAGAAACUCAUCCCGCGAGGAAGAGAGACACGCGCCGUUGAAACCAAAAAAAGGCGCCACCUGCAUCGUAUACAGGAGCGGGAGAGUGCUCGUUCUGGGCUGUACAUCCACCGAAGAAAUCGACUACGCCGUCAGUUUCGUCUGGCCUGCCCUCGUCGGCCUCUGACAAAAUCCAUCUCUCCAUCUUUACACACUCCCUAGACCUUUUAUCUCCGGGACUCUCUCGUGUCGCGGAUGCAUACACUCACAAC